AUGUCCAAUCAGCAUUUGUUAGAAACUGAGCCUGAUCUACAAGAAGCUUAUGAGUGUGCCAAGACCAACAAUAAUUGGUCAAAAGUAUCAGCAUCAAUUAUGAUUCAUCCAGAUUGGCUUAAUACCAUACCACACAAUAGAAGAUGGAAUAUUCUCCAUCAAAUUGUCUACUCUGGUGAUGUAAUGCAUUUAAACGAAGUAUUAGUAUUACAAGCAACAAAUCCGUCGUUUCGUUUAUUAUGUCCAACAAAAGAUAAUAAAACAGCUUUGGACAUAGCUCGUGAACGUAAAGAAGCAAAUCCCACAAUGCUACAAAAAAUUGAACGUCUAAAAAAAUUAGAUGAAUUACUAAACUAUGCAAGAGAAUGUAAAUGGCCCUUAUGCAAACAAUUAAUUGAAGAGGAGCCGAAUAUUGUUAACGAAAAACCGCCCUAUAGACGAUACUAUCUUGCUCAUCAUCUAGCCUACGUCGGGCAAUUGCAAAUAUUUUCAGAGUUCAGCGGCAUUUGCCAAUUUAAAUUAGACUUAUUAGGUACAUCAAAUUUAACUGACAAUAAAACCGUAAAUGAAGUUGCAAGAGACAAUAACCAUCCAGAUUUUGCCGAAUAUGUCGAGAGAAUCAAUCCUGAAUUGGUAAAUAAAAAUCACAAUAAAAAUGAAAAAAAGUUAAAUGACGAUAGUCAAAAUCCAAUCCAUCCAUCUAAUCCAUCUAAUACACAUCUGGCAAGUACAGCAAGUCAAUCGGCUAAUAAUACAGCUUCAUCCACAGCAUCUGCAGCGCCUUAUCCCACUCAUAAUCAGCACAACUCACAAUACGACGAUUAUAUAUCGAUUAGUUUCUAUCAUCCCGCACAUGGAAUGCCUUCUCAGACGCAUAGCAUUCCUCCAUAUUCGAGUCCAUCCUUUACCCUCGAACGUAAUGAGGAGGGUAAUUUAGUUUUGAACACAGACAAUCCACUUCCUUAUCCGUCAUCUCAUAAUAGUCAUCAUCAUCACCCUCCUUCCUCAUACGGCUUCUCGCACGUUAAUUAUGAAUAUCCACCUUCAUCGAUAAAUUCACACUCAUUAACCAAUUCGACAGCCUCGGCAGCAUCAAAUGCAACGGGAACUAUGGAACCAAAACCUGAUAAAAAGACAACAAAAGUUACUGAAAAGAAAGAUCUUGUACAAAUAACUGAUGCAGAACAAGCAGCGUAUGAAAAAACUAUCCAGCAAAAUCUACAACAAAUGUCAACUCAAAAUUUAACUAAUUGUAUUACCUGUUGUAUAUCAAAAGAAAUUUUACGUGAUCCUGUUGUGGCAGCCGACGGAUUUACGUAUGAACGAGAAGAGAUUUUAGAAUGGUUUAAAGUUUCAAAUAGGAGCCCAAUGACAAAUGAGGAACUAGAAAACUUAGACGUAAAACCAAAUCAUGCAAUUAAACAGAUUCUUUCUGCGUUAACAGAAUCAGCUAAUAAACCGAAUAAAAAUGGAGAAGAUCAUAAUCAUGAUAAAGGAAAUAAAAGUACAUGA